GGCUGACCACGGCUUGUUUUCGUGCCGAAGCGAUUUUCGUUGUUUUCUCUCAAAGAUUUAUCAUUGGCGGUGUGAAAACGUACAAGUGCUCUGGCGAAAUCAUCCGUUUGUCCGAGGGAACGAAAGGGAAAAUGUGUCGUUGCAAGAAAACCGCUUUGAUUCGUGUGCUUGGUUCAGUGAUAGAGGUUAUGUUUUCUUGUAUGGUGUUGUUCAAUGUAUCUUUCUUUCUGUUUCAGUUUGAUAUCUCGCAAGCCGUGUUACGUGAACACAACCAUAGGAGUCAGGUUCGCCGCCCACUAUCUGUGUGGGAAAGGCUAGAACCUCGCAUUGGAUCGACUAUCCCCACACCCUCUCUGACUGAAGAUUCAAGUGAUGAGGAGGUAGAGCGAUUCAGCCGAUUCACUGCUGAGCGCCCACCGCCUGAAGUACUCGUCAUCCCAGCUGAAGUCCCUGAUGAAGUGGAAGAUGGGGAGUUAGUCGAACCAAGUGAAGCUAAUGUACGUGAUCCUAGUGUUCGAGUCAAUGCUCGUGGCAGAGUGCCCAGCGGAGCUAGAGGUAGCGGCCAAGCACGUGGUGCUGCUCAAGAUCCUAAUGGAGGAUCUGGUGGAGGAUCUCCUCGUGCUGGUGAUCAUCAUGUACCUGCUCAACCUCAACCUCGCCGUGUUCGCGUGGCCAGAGGUGGGCGCGGCAGAGCUAAAUUCAGCCCGCUAUUUGAUAGAAGCCUUAAAAUGGCUGAAGCUGAAAAGGCGAAGCGCAAAUGAUUGACUAAGUGUAGCAGUUGUCGGUUAAAUUAAACUAAUCUUUCUUGAA